UUCCUCGUGACCUCCCACCAUGACGUAAAAUUUAGAAACGCCAUGUUGCUGUAUUAAACAACGUCGAAAAGAAGGGGAAACAUUGGCUACACUUUUAUGCUACACCUUUUAACCUAUUCAUGACAUAGAAAUACUAAAACUGACUACAUACUGUUAAUCGGAACGCAUUAUGGCUGGCGUUAACGCCGGAGGUGGACGUAAUUCAUUCAAAGUUGUCCUUCUUGGUGAAGGAUGUGUUGGAAAAACGUCUCUUGUUUUACGCUACGUUGAGAACAAAUUUAAUGAUAAACAUUUAACUACACUUCAGGCAUCUUUCUUGAACAAAAAGUUAAACAUUGGUGGAAAAAGAGUUAAUUUAUCUAUAUGGGAUACAGCAGGACAGGAGAGAUUUCAUGCCUUAGGUCCUAUAUAUUACAGAGAUAGCAAUGGUGCCAUAUUAGUUUAUGAUAUAACAGAUGAAGACUCAUUUCAAAAAGUUAAGAACUGGGUUAAAGAAUUGCGGAAGAUGUUAGGGAAUGAUAUCAGUUUAUGUAUAGCUGGUAAUAAGAUAGAUUUAGAAAAAGAUCGCCAUGUUGCAGUAUCAGAUGCAGAAUCAUAUGCUAAAUCAGUUGGUGCAAAGCACUUUCAUACUUCAGCAAAACUAAGUAAAGGAAUUGAUGAGAUGUUUUUAGAUCUUAGUAAAAGUAUGAUAGAAAAAUCAGCAGAAAAUGGCGGUAAAAAUAAUAGGACAAUGACGAAAAGUAAAAGUGUGAUAGUUGUGGACGAUGAACAGCCACAACAACAAAGUAGUGGUGGUUGUUGUUAAUUUGUGAUAGUGUCGUCUGCAAUAUCAAAAUGGUGACCUCUUUUGUUAAUGUCUUAACCAGAAGUAACCUUGUGUGGUAUGGUGGUUCUCAGCAACAUAUGUUGAUCAUAAUAGUGCUUAUAUUUUUUGAAAUUUAAAAAAACGUUUCUACCGUUAUAAACACCUUUAUAUAUGUAACUGUGAUCUAUAUUGGAACUCUGGAAAUAUUUUUAGAUAUGGUUUUAUUGAAUAUUCUGUGUACAAAAUCUGUUUUAUCCUUAGAUUGUAUCAAAAUGUAUUAUGUAAAAUGAUCAUUAUUUUAGAACUCAUUAUAACUUUAUAACUAUCUAAAAUUAUAAAAUAUAAAACACAUUGCUAGAUCUUUGUUGUGUGUCAUUUUUUUCUCUCUCAAAAAUAUGAAUUUCCAUCAUUUAAAUGACAUUGCAAUCCAUGGUAGAACUUGUAUUUUCAAUAAUGGCUGGUCGGCAGGUAUUUUCACAGAAUAUCUUAUGAUUGAAAUGGAUUGUUAAUUUUGAAUCUUUCUUGACAGAUUAUUGAUUUUUUCUGACAAUGCGUACAUGUUGGAAUAUUGGGGAUUUUUUUUUAAUAUUUUUGAAAAAAAAUCAAUAAAAUGGAAUACAGCUGCAAAACAUUUGGAAACCGCAUCAGGAAAUCCAGUAGCCAUUUAUAAAAGAUACUCAUUUGAAGUUGAAUUUACCAGGAGCAUAAUUGCUUUAAUAGCAUUUAUAUGUCACAUAUAGUUAAGAAUAAGAUGAAGGAAAUAUAUUUAAAUCAUGCACAUAUAAUUUAUAUUACAAUUGACGAUUUGACUCUCAAAAAGUCACUCUAAAGAUUCAGUAUUGUUUUGACAAAAUAUCUGAAAUUUUUUUUGAUUAUUUACUCCAACAUAAUUUCGAUUAUUUACUCCAACAUAAUUUCGAUUAUUUACUCCAACAUAAUUUCGAUUAUUUACUCCAACAUAAUUUUUAUGUAGCCUUAUCCAUGCAACAUAGAAUUUUCUGGGAAAUUGUGAUUGUUUGUUCAUUUUGAAAUAUAAAAAAAAGAUAUUAUUCUAGUUUAUUUCAUAAUUUCAUGACUUCAUCUUUAAUGUAUAGUGUUUCAAAUAUAGUAAACAUUUGAAUGUAAACAGUGUUGUGCAUGUGUGUGUACUUGUAUUAAGCUUCAAUGCAGUAAGUUCUGGAAUAGCUCUUAAUUAAAAAAAAAAAGGAGCUUGAGUGUAUGAGAGAUGUUUUUACAAUGAGUAAAUUACACCUUGCAUGAAUUGAGAAUUGACUGCCAGGAAACUGUCAUUAACAAAGUAUUUACAAAAUUGCUUUACAAACAUGCUGUUUAUUUAUUCAGAGCUAUAAUUGUAUACAUAUUGCAUUACAAGUUAAAGUAAAACACAUUAAAACAAUUCAUAAUAUUUGAUUUGAUUUUAAUAUCCACUGUUUUCCUUAAAUGAAAAGGCACAUUUUUAUUUAGUUUCUUGCUUAAAAUUACAGGAAAAUAAGAAUUAAGCAUUGACAAAUAGGAAUAGGAAAAAUACUUUUCUCUGAACAUUUAUUUCUGUUUAAUGUUACUGUGCUUUUUCCAAAGGAUUUUGCCUUUCAUAAUACCAAUCACCUGAUUUUUUUUUCCAAAUCACAGUUUCAUCUCUUCAAAUUGAUCAAUUGGUGAAAAAUUUUAGGAGUUUAAAACUAUGAGAGUUUUCAAAUAAAGCAGGCACUUGUAAAGUUUCUAAGAUUAUUUUUUUUUACUAAUUUUCAACUUUUUGAGGAUUUUUUUUCUGCCAAUGAAUUUAUUGUCUAUAUAUAUAUAUAUAUAUAUAUAUAUAGGAUUAUAUUUAAUUUAUGAUUUAACAGAUAGAAGAAUAGAAUUGUUAAAUGCUGUGUUUUAUGUUAUAUUUGUUUAAGCUUUAUAUAUAAAUGUAAUUUUUGUCUAUUCUACGUUUUGUUUUAUAUCCAUCUUCAUUACAAAAACAAAUGCAGCAUUGUUAAAUCAUUAAAUUGUUGUGGAAUCUUUUUGACAUUUGUUGCCACUUAUUUUAUACAGUCCAAACUUGUUGCAAGACAAUGCCAACCUUUAACUUGCAUAACUUGCAAUGCUAGUCAUCCAAGUUUGACCGUGUUUGUAAGGACCAAUGAGGUACUAUACUGUAGUGAUAGUUUUUAUUUUUAUGCCCCACCUACGAUAGUAGAGGGCAUUAUGUUUUUUGGUCUGUGCGUCCGUUUGUUCGUUCGUCCGUCUGUCCCAGUUCAGGUUAAAGUUUUUGGUCAAGGAAGUUUUUGAUGAAGUUGAUGUCCAAUCAACUUGAAACUUAGUACACAUGUUCCCUAUGAUAUGAUCUUUCUAACUUUAAUGCCAAAUUAGAGUUUUGACCCCAAUUUCACGGUCGACUGAACAUAGAAAAUGAUAGUGCGAGUGGGGCAUCCGUGUACUAUGGACACAUUUUUGUUUAUUUCUCUUAUCUUUACGCCUGUUGACAUGCUAAAUAGUAAACAAGUUCUUCAGUAUAGAUGAUAGAGUGGAAAAAAUCAUAGAUGUUAAUAAAAAAUAAGGCCUAUAUCCCAUCCACUGAAUAACAUAAUCAAUUCCUUCCUUUAUACCUCUGUUAAAGUUGACAUAAUACUAAAGUAUAAGCUUCACCUCUUUGACAAGAACAAUCAUUUGAUAGUCUGCAGGAAAUAUGAACCACCUUUUACUGACAUUUUUAGUCAUUUGUCUGUUUUACCAAAGAAUAUUAAAGUGGUAUGUAAAAAUGCAAAUUUCAUAGAGUUGUUUUUGGUAAUGAAAGAAUUUUCAAAUAUAUGGUAAAUGAAGAUUGCAUACGAAAAAGUUAUAGUCAUUAAAUUAUUCAUUGGUGUAUUAAGAUUCAGUUUCAUUUCUAUAUCAGUUUCUUUCAUAUGUACAGAAAAAAGUUUACAGCUAAUACUGCAGGAAGAUGAGAAAGUACAUGCAGUUAUAGUACUCUAUUUGCAAUAUUAAGACGUUAUACAAGGUUUUAUCAGUACAGUAAAGGAGAAGAUAAGGGCGAAUUUCGGCCUAAAAAUUCAAAGUACAUCUGAUGAAAGAUUUUUCACAUUUUUUAUACACUUAAAUAUCUACUUCAUUCGAUUCAAUUGGUUAUUGUAAAAGAUUUGGACUGACUUGGUAAUUAAAAAAAACGCUCAAAUGCAAGCUUAAAUAUGAACAAUCUAUCAAAUAUACCAUUUAACGUCACAUUUCAGAUGAUUUUUGUCUAAAAUGGAAGUGGCUGCAUUCAUGUUCACUCUCAACAUUUAUAUAUAUUAUGUUUUAUCAUUAAAUACAACAUAUAUUUAAAUAUUCAGAAUGAGCACAAGUGCGGCCACUUCCAUUUUAGACAAAAACUGUCUUAAAAUUAGCACAAAUGUUUAAAUUGUGAAGAUAUCAGUAUUUUUGCAUGAAAUAAUGAUGCUAGAACCUGAUGCAUGUCCAUUGUAUCACCAAAAACAGCCCAUAUUUAUGUAACAAAAGCAUGUUACUUUCCAAAAAAUAAGUAAAAGUUAACAAUUUAACAACUCUGUAAAAAUGUUAUAUUUUGGGGCCAAAAAGGGGUCUUACCGGGCCUACUCCUUUGUUGAGUUUUGUUUUAAAUAUCAGGUAUUAAACAGUAAUAUUAAAGAUUCAUUUCUACCUUAAAAAUCCCUGUUUUUAGUUCAGUUUGAAGAUCUUUUUGUGUUGUUCCUAUAGGACCAGUUUGUAAGUGAUGAUAAACUUUUAGACAUUAUCUCAAUGAUUUCAUGUUGACUUGUUUCUUACAUUGAAACCAAUGUUAGCGUGUUAAUUAUCUAUUAUAAUCCAUUAUAGGAUUUAGUUGUUAUUAUUGGCAGUCAUGAAUUAGAUGAUAUCAGGAUAUCUGUAAAAGCAGAUCAACCAUUCAGGUUAUACAUUUUGCAUAUGGGUACCAGUUAUAUUCUUAGCUGACCUUUAAUUUGUAGUUCAGGUUACAAAUGAGGAAAUUUAAACUUUGUGAACUUAUUACACAUUGAAAAGAUUUGCCUGAAAAAUAAUUUCCAAGAAAAUGUAAACAUUUAAUACAAAUCAAUUACAUAUUUAAAAUCUAUGCUGUCCUUAUGCUUAAAGCCAGACAGCUGUUAGAGUCAGUUUAAAGUACUUGCACUGUAAGCUGAAAACUAAAGUUUUGGGUCUUUAUCAAGAAACAGAUCAUUCAAUACAAUACAUGCUGCAUAUUCCAACUAUCCUAUAUGUUAAUUCAAUGUUAUGUUAACAAAAUGCAUGGAUUAAAAUGAUAAACACAAUGACUGGACUUGAUUGUAGAGCCAUGCCCACUGUAGUGUAUUGUGAUAUGCUAUUUUUUACAUUAAUUGUAUGAAUUUCUCUCAAGUAUCUAUGGUGAAUAAUAUCGAACUAGGAUUUACUUUUUAAAGUGUUAAAAUUUAUGAAAUGUGAGGAUAAUCAAUUAUCACAUGAUGUAGUUAUAUCACAAAAAAAUCUUAAAUUUCUUUGUAUGUUUAAAUUUUCUCAUUAUUUUCAUCAACUUUCUCAGACAAUUCCUCUUUUCAAAAGGUGUACAGGAGACAAAAAUUCUUCUGAUAACUUGUUGACUGUUUUGGUUAUGAAAAAUUCUGAUAUUGUAAUUGUAAAGGUGUGAAUUUAUUAUUUAUCACUUAUCAUGGAUGUGACAGUAGGAUUGUAUGAGAGAUAAUAUAUUUAUUGUACAUACUGGAAGCUGAAAAUUGAAAAUAAAAGUUGAAUUUAAA